GGUAGUAUUGCACCGAAAUCUACGUGGGGUAAAAUAGCGACCAUGGGUUACGCUAGCCUCGGAAUCCCACUGACUGUGGUUUACCUAUCGAGUGCCGGAGGUCUAUUAUCCAGGUGUGCCAGAGGUGUCUUCACACGCGCUCUUUGCUGCUGCCUUUGUUCGAAUUGCGGCUAUUGUUGCUACGAUGAAAGAAGAAUGGAGGAGAAGGAGAGACGUAUGAGGAAGAAACGGCAACAGGAAGAACUGGCUCAGCAGCAACAGCAAUUGCAGUUGCAGGAACCCUUUUACGUCCGCGCAAAUGCGUCAACGUUCACGAGCACAGUGGAAAUUAAGGCCAGCCCAAAGGACGAAGUGUCGAGUCUUGGCUCCGGUGACAGGCCAAACGUUACUAUAUUCGCACCAAUCAGCAUUUGUCUCGGCGCAAUGCUCUGCUACAUUGUGGCAGGCGCUUUCACUCUGCACAAGUUGGAUGACUGGUCCUUUGUGGAUGCGAGCUACUUCUGCUUCAUGAGCCUGAGCACUAUCGGGUUCGGCGAUAUGGUACCCGGUUCCUACCCCCGUCAAAACCUUUACGAGUCAAGGAACAUAACCAUUUGGUUCUGCUCCUGCUACAUAAUGUCCGGAAUGGCGCUCACCGCGAUGUGUUUCAACAUCCUCCACGACGAGAUCGUCCAUAGGCUCAGCCAUCAGGUGGAGAAGCCGGAGCCGAUCAAGUCCAGCCCAAGCGUGGACGAGCUGUCGACGGACCAUUUCGCGCUGACCUCGUGACAAUUUCCGUCUGGCAACCUGUGCCACAGGAACGGCACCGACGAGAACGACAUAUGCGGAACAGAACCGCCCACCAGUCUGUUCGCACACGAGAACGAAAUCAAUAUCUUGAAGGACUCUUUCAAUCAGGUAGACGUCACUAGAGACUGCAAGCCGAUCUUGAAACUCGAGGAUCACGUGCCGUCGAUUCCUAGUGUUUACAUGUUGCCGAAGGUUGACGAAGAGGCUGAAGAGAACACCGAAAUGUAAAACUUUACACACUUCUCCGUAGCUCGAACAAGUAUGCUUGAUUUAGGUGACAACGUGAAAAGUAACUCCCGGUGGAUAGGAUACACCGUGGGUCUGAUAGAUAUAUACACGUAACGCAAGAUAUACAUGUAUGUUUCAAAAUAGAGGAUUACUCGUUCUAUCGUAAUGGUAUAAUACGCGCUUCAACGUGUAGUCAAAGGUCGUUCGAUUCAGUUCACUCUUAACGUUCAUUGCGAGAAUGGUUUCGAUCGGAGAUAGCGGCUGCGACGGUUGUACGUCUUUUAUGAAUUACUUUUUUAUCGACUUUUCGUGGGAACGAAGCGUUUGUUCUAGAUGAUUGAGAAAUGGAUUAUUUUGGAAUAUUUGUCGGAAAGUAGAUAUUUACAUAGCCGGUUAAGGGAAGGUUUUCGUGCCGAAUUUUUUCGACUGAACACUAGUUUAAUAAACAACUUCGUGAGAGACACAAGAUACGAGGAAAGUAUUCUCAUUGGAUAUAAAAGGGACAGAGAGAUUUCGAAGAAAGUACGCGUAGGUAGAAUGUCGUUUCCGAGAUUCAUGUGAACAAAUUUAUUCAAUUUUUUCAUUUUAAUACAUGCAGUUUGUAUGAACGAAAUGUAAACAAGGCAGCUUGAAAUUGUUAUUACAAUUAGUUUGUAGUUUCACCUGACAAAUGUAAUUAAAUGUAGCAAUUAUGUAUAUCGUGCUUCUUUCUCAAUAUAACGCUUAUAUACAUCGUUGCUAAACAAUUUGAGAGCACAUGCAUCGAUAGAAAUUACAUUAUUUUAUAAAAAAUAUUUGAACAAAUAUUAGCAUUUUUGUAUAUUUUAAAUUAAUAUACACAGCUACAGAAAAAUUAUAAAAUUAUAAUUAUUAUUUUAUAUUUGGUUAAAAUCAUUGAUUCAGGUUGUAUUAUGUUCCUUCCAAUAUAAUGAUUUCUCUUGUAAAAUAGUGAAAUGUAACUAUUUAAUGAAAAGCUGCACUGAUGCUAGCAACGCAAAAAUAUAGUUUUGAACAUUCAAACUCCGUAAUCCAUGAAAUCUAUUAUUUUAUUUAUUUGUUUUAUUCUCUUUUGCAAAUUGCGAUUAUCCAAAGUAAUUGCAACGUUUCGAGAUGCAGUGUACAUUAAAACGAAUGGCCAGAAACAAAGUCUAUUUAUUUUACUAUUGAAUCAACAUGACGAAAUUCGUGUAAAGCAAACCUACUCGAAUUUGGGGAUACUGUAUUCAUUAAUGCCAUGUCUGAUAAGUCCAGUAAUGGUGUUACAGAAGUUCUAGCAACAACUAAGACGUCUUCAACGUACACGAAAUGUUUCCUAAAUAUUCUACGAAUUCCCAGACCGUUCUACAAACAUUCCUACGUUAAUCCAAGAUUACUCUUAAUGAACUUCGUACCAUAUUACUGGCAUAUGUAAUUAAUCAUCUCUGCAGCCAGUGAAAACACAAAUAACGAAAUUUUAGCAUUAACGUCCAAAGUAAUAACAGACAUAUUUACGUUGUUAUAAGAGAAAACAUACCUGAAAAUAUAUUCGACUUUUUCUGAUAAAGAACAAAAUAAAUUCAACAAACACUGUAUGUUUUUAACUCGGAAAUGACAUACUAAUUUGCAAUGAAACCAACUCAAUGUUAUUACACGCCUACUUACAAUUAGAUAAAACUUGUAAUUUCAUAUUUAAGCACUCACGAGAUAAAAACAUUCUUACUUGUAAUAUAACUAAAUUAAUUUUUGCGUCUAGUCUACAAGAUGGAACAUUUCUAUGUAAUAAAUGUAUGCAUACGCAUGUAUAAUUGUUUCUUCGUGUUCCGCGCAUUGAUCAAUUAUUCGCAAAUAAACGAUAUUAUUAAGACAUUUCACCACUGUCGCAAAAGAAGUAUUACACGCAUGAAUUUUAACACAUAAGUAUCGAUAAAUGUAUAUUAUAACAAAUGGAUUCCUUUCGAAGAAGGGAAUUAAGCAACUUUUUAUACCAGCAAUCUGUAAAAGUUCAAUUUUUUAUGGCGACUUUAACUUUUGUACAUAUCUACCACUUAUUAUCGAUUUUUACCAGAAAGCUUUUAUAUUCUACGAAACUUUUAAAAAAUUGUUUAUACUAUAAGUUCGCGGAUGGUAUGAUAUCUUGAAGGAUAAUCAAUUAACGAUUAUGGGAAUGUAAUCAGUUACUUCUAGUAUAAAUAUUCCAUCAACUAGACGCAGAAAUUAUCAACGGCAAGAAAUCACAUUCCACUACUGUGCUCAAGAACAAUAACUAAAAUACUGUUACAGAUAAGCACUAAUCUUUAAGAGUGUUGCAUAUGAAUCUACCCAUAUUGUUUAAUAUUGAUAUUCGUCAUAGAAUAUGAGGUUACAGAGUGCAUAAUGUAUAGUCUGUUACAGUUAGCUGUAAGAUACCGUUGUCCUCGUCGAGUACAAUGCAGAUUACAUGAAUUGCCGAAAGUUUACGUGAUGCUGUUGGCUUCACUUCAAGAACACAAUCAUUUUUAUCCUUUAUUAAUACUUUUACAUUUACUUUCUUUAUUCACCACAUUUAUCUUAUUACUUUCAUAAUAUGUGACUGUUUAAUCGCUGGUAUCUUUAUUACCGCAAAAUGCAAUGAAAAAUAACAUUCAUAAUCAUACAAAUAAUUAUCGACAAAAAUUCAACUUAUGCACUAGAUUAUAUUUCUUCGUAUCUGGUCAUAAUAAAAGCUUACAUUUUUUGAGUUUAAAGAAACGUCAUUAAUUAAAUAUUAUUUUUAAUUUUGAAAAAAAGUCUCUUUUAAAAUGACUACAAACUUAAACCACUAUUAUUAAGACUUAUACUUUAAUAAAUCGUUAUGUUUGCCUCAGUGAACAUAUAAGCAGUACACUGACAGCAUUUUUCGUGCCAAUUAUAACAAACCUUGCAUUUUCAAGGAGAUAUUUUUUCUAUUCUUCGAUGAUGCAAUCGAAACGAAAUAAAUACCAGCUACUUCAUAUGAUUCACUUACAAGAGAAUUUCAUUGGAAAGGAUGCAUAAUUAUAUAAAAAAAUGAAGCUGCAAUACUAAAACCUCGUGGCAUCUGCUCCGUACGUCCGACGAAAGAACCGUGUGCAGUAGUGACUUAGUAAGUGACCUUUUUCUGUUUCUUGUAACAUAUCAUAAGAUGUAAGCGAAUCGAAUGCUAAGAUCGUUUCGCAUUAAACACUAAAAAAGGUGAAGGUGGAAGUAUGCGAUUGACGAAUAACACGUUGCAUGGUCCCGACCUUGCGAUAGUUACCGAUGGCCCAUGGGUUCCGGCUGCGCAGCGAAUUGGCAAGCGAGUUUCGUACGGUGUCUAAUAACAAUCGAUAUUAGCUUGAGCAGUUGCUAGAGUUAUCUUUAUCACUCCGUUGGUGAUUCGAUGGUGGAUCCGUGGCCAGUAACCAAGACAAACUUUACUUUGGUACUUGCAUCGGCCUGCCCAGCCAUCGAUCCAGCCCAGCUGACCGAGCAAACUUCCUCGCACACGUUUGAUUCAUUGCGAAAGGGUACACGCCUUUCCGCGCAUAACAAUAUCUCGUAAGCAACAAUUAUAAUCUCUGAUUCGAUUAUCAUACGCACAAUGAAUCGGUGAACGGCCAUUUAAUUUAAUAACUGUGUUGGACGAGUAUACGCGUCGACUUAAAGUUCGAAAUGAUACGAAUUCUUUCAAAGAUGAAUUCUUUAUUUCUUCAAAUAAACAUGUAAAUCUUCUUCGUUUUGCUUUAUUUUUUCAUUGAAAUAUAUCUUAGGUGCGUUCGCUCUGCGUUUGAUAAGUACACGCUUCCUUAUUUAAUGUAUUUCGCACAAACUAAGCGAUUUCAGAAACUAAAUUCUGUAUUUGACAAUUUGACUCAUAUUGAAUUUUAUAAACAUUAUUUGGUAAAUAUUUGGGUCGAUUUUUAUUGGUGUAGUUACGCAAGCGUGUACCCUAAUUGUCUGCUUUCAAAUAUUUAAUUUCCAAGAUCUAAGUGAACGAAUAUCAAGAACGAUAGAACAAACUGUACAGUAAAUGUCCAUAAACCUUGUGUUAACACAUUUACGUCGGGAUAUUAUGUGUUUUUAUAUGUUUAAUCAAGGAUCAUAGUAAUGAGCAAUGUUUGCGAACAUGAUGUUGGGGUGUAUUCUUUUGUUACGUGCUUAGUUCUCUGUCUUAUUAAACGAUUUCAUCUAAUAAUAACGUUAGCAUAUUAGUUUAUUUUAAUGUUGUAAAGUAGCUGCAAAUGUGUUACAGAUGUAUUAAACGGGAAAUCUUGAACCUUGUGCAGCAAAUGCAGGAUCAUUUUUAUCAAACCUUAACUGCGGCUGUAUUUAUUUAUUUGUUCUCUGAGUUUUUUAUUUAUUUAUGAAUGUAUAAUUAUAAUUUAUUGGAUUUGUAUAGUUACAUAAAUAUAAUAUAUGCAGUUAAUAUAUAUUAUAUUAUAUUAUAUUAUAUUAUAUUAUAUUAUUAAAUUAUUAUAUAAUAUUAUAUAUAUGCUCCAAUUCUUAAGCCACCGUACAAUGAAAAUUCUGUCACAAGUCAAAAUAAUCCUGCAUUCGUUUCAGUUCUGGACUACUCAUUUUUCGAAGACUAUAAUUUAACUACUGCACGUAAAAUUACAAUUUUCACGCGGAAUUCCCAACGAAUUUGUUAGAUAAAUUAAAAGUUCUUUCUCGAAAUAGUUCGGAGUAACCAGUAAAAUCUUGAAACUGCAGACGGUUCGGUAGAGAGAGAGAGAGAGAGAGAGAGAGAGAGAGAGAGAGAGAGAGUAAAGCUCACAUAGCGAUCGAAGUAAUAGCGAAGAAAAGUUUAUAGACCAACGUACUCGUUUGCAGAACGCAUAAAAUUUGAUAUCAGAACGCAAGGAAUAUGUUUCACGUGGUUCGUUGUGUUAUUUCUGUUUUAACGAUAGGAUCGAUAGCGCAAGUUCCUUUACUGUCUAGGAACGUUAUACGAUUUGAUAACUGAAGGCACUAAAAAUUACUGUAAAUCUUUUAAAUGCUAUUCACUUUUAAUAUCUCUUUUAAUUCCUUCAAUCAAUAAAAUAAUUUUCUUUUUUAAAAUUGUUAUAAUCUACAGCGCAUACAAGGGAACAUUUUAACAUAAAUUAAAUUGUUAACUGCAAUAUUUGAAUAAUGAAAGCUAUAAAAUCAUUAAAGAUGAUCUGGAGAAUCACAUUCAAUUUAUAAGCGUGUGCAUAAAAUCGAUAAAUCUUUUAUUUAUUAUUCACUUCUAUUUGUUAUUCGUCAUUAUGAUUAUUCACACUGUAGUUUACGAAUCUUAUACCUUGAAUAUUACAGUUUAUUUCAAACGAAUCUUUAAAUUCAGAAGUUUUUUCUAUAUCUUGUUUUACCUGUUCAUCUGUCCUAUUACAUAUACCCUAUUGUCCAGACGUAUGGACAUAAUGGAGUAAAAUAUUUAAAAAGUAAAUUAUAAAUUAUGUAUUAUAAUUAUGUAUAAUUAAAGACUAGUAUAAUAUAAUAUAAUUUUAUUAAACUAUUUUUUUUUAUCUAAGAAAAAAGCAAGUUCCUUUUAAUUCAAGAACUAAUGUUUUGUAAUUUUCACAAUAAAAUUCAUGACGAAUAAGGAUUUUUAUAUUUUACAUCUUCUUUUCAUGAUAAAAAAAUUGAGGGUUUUUAUACUUUAAAUUGUUUUUUUCAAAGUAGCAAUAUUUCAUUAAUUUUUCCUAUACUAUUAUUAUCGUAAUUGAUUUUAAUAUGAUUUUAUAACAAAGCGAUUCUAUAAUAACAUGUUUAAACACAACUUGUAUUCCCAUUGUAGAUACUGUCACUUUGAAAUUUCUUAUUUCAUAAGAUUUCCUUCGCACACAUCUCUUGAUCUCGUAUCCUUACGUUCUGGUUUCUUCUUCUAUACCUUAGGGAAAUAUAACGAAGUUCAAAGCACUCGUCGGCCGCCACAAAACUUUAACGCAACAAUUUUAUAAGAAAAAUCUCCAGCGGGAUUCCAAUUUAUAGAUCUUCGCUUUUGAAAUAAACACGAAAGUCUCAAUCUUUUAUUCACCAAGUUUAUCGAAUUAAACAAUCUACUUCACUGUUUGCAGUUUUCAAAGAAAGUCACACCAAUAAUUCAACAACUCUGUCACCUAUUUUUAUACAAUUUUAGUUUAACUUGUUGCAUAUGGAUACUACAAAAUCAUUUAAACUAGUGAUCAAUAAAUCCGUGUAAAAUUAUUCUUAUUUCUUUACAAUUAGACAUAUAGUAACUUCUCAUUUUUAUGUAAAUUAUUAAAGAAAGAUUAUAAUAAUGUUUCAGAAAUUGAAUCAUAAUACGAGUAAGGGUUUUUCUAUUUAUUUUGUUUAUUUUUUUGAUAAACAAGUGCAGACAAUUAUUUUUGUUUUUUCAAGAAAGAUAGUCACUGAUCUAACUCCUUGCCUUACGAUUUCUUUCGCAACUGUCCCCCUUAACUUUCUAUUAUCCUUAAUAAUUAAUUAUAAAAAACAUGUUUUUACUUUUAUUGUGAAUGUUAAAUAUUGGCAAGAGAAAAGAAAAUGUGAUUUCGAUUUGAAAAACAUAAAGUAAUACUCGUUAAAUUCAGUUUCAAAGCUUCAUCACGAGUCCUACUUGAUAUUAAAAGGCAAAGAGUUAAGCAUUUUCCCGUAAUACAGAUUUUAAGAAGCGCAAAAGAAAAUGCACGACAAUUGCUCAAGCGAAGAAUUGAAUAAUCCAUUAGACGGAAAGGAUGUUUGAAGAAGAGAGAAAUGAUAGAAAUAAUUUUACGCUGAUUCAAUCCUUAAAAUCAUUGGAUUGGCGGAACUUGCUUCUACCGUCCUUCCGUUGCAGCGAAAAUCCUAUAAGAAAUCGCGGCGUACAUAUUAAUAUUCGAACGUAACUGAACAUUCUGCCGAAUGUAACUUAGUUAUAAGCAUUCGAGGAUAACCCACGUAAUAUUAAUUCGUAAUCGAUCGCCAGAUAGAAAUUAUUAUUAAACGGUCGUGAUCAGACAUUGAUAUCCACGCAAGAUGAAACGUUACUGAACUUUUCUAUAAUACUUUGUAUAUAACAUUGGACGUUGUAUAAUAUUGACGAUAGACAAUGUAAUAUUUAAUGUUAGAGGAACGCUAUCGAAAGGUUAGGGCUAAAUUUCUAUUUUCACUCUCAAUCGUUUUUGUCUAAACGAGAAUCGCCAGGGCUUGUUACAAGUACCUAAGCGCUAUUCAAGUUUCUCAUAGACUGAUCAUGAUCUGUCGAUGUUCCAAAAGAACAUUUCCGUGCACUUCAUAGAAUUCACUAUAUUACAAUGUUCUAUUGAAUGUAUAUCUUUGUACAGAAGGAUCGAUAUCUCAAGUUAAGUAACAUUAAUAAUAACUUUUAAUUACUGUACUCCAUUUCACACUGAAUUUGUUCAUUUUUGUCGCUCUUUGGUUCAGUGAUGAUAAUUAAAAGAACGAUACAUUUAUUUUCGUUUGAAAUUCGAAGAACUCACAUAGACGCGCAAAUAGUCAGAUAUGAAUUAAACAAGGGUGUUAUUCUAUGAAAAUGUCAAAAUUUUCGAAGAAGCAAUGAACGAAUACUUCUAAUUCCCCAAAUAUAAACGAAUACCAAAUGUUCAACACCUCUUUUAUUUAACAAGUACGUGUGUUAUAACAGAGUUUAUUUUAAUAAAUUUCAUACUUUUUCAAGCAUUUCUCCAUAACAAUUUUUUAUAAGUAAUCUAUAUCAGAAAAAAUGUGAAGUAAAUUAUGUUAUAAUUAUAAAUUAUACGCAUACAAAUAAAUGUAAAGAAUUAUCAUCCAUAUUAUAAUAACUCUUUAGCAAUAGGACAAGCUUAUUUAAGUUUCGUUGCUUUGUUUCAAAAUAUUUACAAAAUGUUUAAAUAAAGAAAUACACCGGUCCUUAAAACAUUAGAUGAAAAACGAUUGAAGUAUAGUUUACAGUUGCCCAUACUCUUUCUCCCGCUGGUAAAUCACGUCGGAUGUUUGUACAAAUCGAGCGAGUUCAACGGAAUGGCGAAAGCCGUGGCAAGAAGAUGAAAAUACGAUAAGAAAUAUUCGUUUGAAACUUUUCGCGCGUCGUCUAUCAAAAUGAGUUUCUUGGCCGAUGGCGGUAGUGUACCAUACUUAUGAGAUUUAUCACACACCAAGUUUCGCAAUUUCGUUCAUUUAUGAAGAUUCUUCCUUUCAUUCGAUCUCUUUGUAUGGUGUCUCGCAUACGUUCGAUUUUUCUACAGUAUAAUUACGUAUGAGAAAUUCGUCGAAACAUUUUCCACGCCUUUCAUUAAAUCGCUUAUAUCAGCGCCCGAUUUUUAUAACGGCGGUAUAUGUAAAUUGACAAAUGUGUGCAUGAGAGUGCAAGCGAGUGCAAGGGAGAGAAAAGAGCAAUUGAAUACUAUAAAACAGUGGUUCCAGUUGGUAUCGUGUAAGAAAUAUAAUCAUUUAAUAUUUUGUAAAUAGUUAAGGAAGUGAACAAUGUGGGAGAGUAUUCGAGAAGUCACUGUAAA